GACAGUUUAAACUCCUCCUUUUUCGUCUCAUGUGUCUUCUGAAAUAUUUUCUUGCAAGGCAUUGAGAGACAAACUAAGUGUCUGGGAUAUUUGUUUUUUUUUCUUUGCUGUGAUAUUUUUCUGCUUGACAGAGUCUACACAGGAGAACAGCUCUCUUCGCAUCUCUGUCCGACGCGGGUCAUCAAAAGGAAAAGUCAACUGGAUGAUGUUUUCGUCCAGUCACAUGUAGAAGCGUUGGACUAUUGCUGUUGACAUUCAUCCAUUGGGUCGUUUUAUUAUUUUUUUUAAAUACACAGAUUCCCCGCAACGGUACCGUACAGGAGGAAUACCAAGGCAUUUGGCUGCAAAAACAAGCAGAAAAUCAAUCACAACUCCAUCAUGGGCUGCCCACUCUUGCGGAACGCGUUUGCUGGUUUGAUGCUGGUUCUGCUGUCGAAAGCGUCCAGCGUGCACGGAGGAGAAUUCGGACACCUGCCGGACAACAUUACAGUGUUGGAAGGAGAAAGCGUCACUUUGAGAUGUCGGAUUGACGAGGAGGUGACCCACAAGGCCUGGCUGAACCGUUCUAACAUCCUGUUCACGGGGACAGACAAGUGGUCGCUGGAUAAGCGCGUUACGCUGGCAAACAGCAACAACAGUGACUUCUCCAUCCACAUCGACAAGGUGCAAGUAACCGACGAGGGACCCUACACUUGCACCUUCCAGGCCAAUAACAAGCCCCGCAUCGCUCAUGUCUACCUCAUUGUCCAAGUGCCGGCCAGAAUCGUCAACAUCUCAAAAAAUGUGUCGGUGAACGAAGGGGAGAAUGUAAACCUCUACUGUCUGGCAGUGGGUCGGCCUGAGCCCACCGUCACCUGGAAAGACCAGAAAUAUGGGUUGGUGAGUGACGGGGAGUUCCUAGACAUCACAGAGAUCAAGAGGCAGCAGGCUGAGGACUACGAAUGCAUCACCAACAACGGAGUGGCUCCACCCGAUCAGCGCAAGGUCAAGGUCACAGUCAACUACCCCCCCAUGAUCACAGACAUGAAGAACAUGCCAGCCCAUUUGGGUAAGACGGCCAUCUUGCGCUGCGAAGCCAUGGCAGUCCCACCAGCCUCCUUUGAGUGGUACAGAGAUGACCACAGGCCGGUUGAGAGUGACAACACCCUGAGGAUCAAAAACGAGAAGACGCGCUCGCUGUUGCUGUUCACCAAUGUGACAGAGAAACACUUUGGCAACUACACCUGCUUUGCCUCGAACCGUCUGGGGGCUUCCAACGCCAGCAUGCUGCUCUUUCGACCGGGGGCCAUACAGGGGCGAGGGACCGGAUUACAUGCAGGGAUGAGUGUCAGCGUGUGUGUUUGGGUUUCCCUCUCUACUGUUCUUCUGCUGAAGGUGUAAAGAUCGAGAGCGCCACCUGGAAUUGUCCCUAAAACGUCCCAAAAAAAGCCCCCCCGCCUCGACCCCUCCCUCCCCACCCCUCUCUACG